AUGGUACUUUUCCAUGCAAAAAUACCUCGAUUUGAAGACAGUCUCAACAACCUCACUGUAUCUUUGGGAAGGGAAGCAGUCUUCACGUGUGUUGUCAAUGACCUUGGUUCUUAUCGGGUGGCGUGGUUACGCGUGGACACGCAGACGAUCCUGACAAUUGCCACGCACGUGAUAACAAAGAACCACAGAAUAGCGGUGAACCACAGCGACAGGCGCGUUUGGUUUCUGCAUAUCCACGAUGUACGACAGUCAGAUAGGGGCUGGUAUAUGUGUCAACUCAAUACGGAUCCCAUGAAGAGUCAGACCGCGUAUCUCGAUGUUGUCGUUCCACCAGACAUCCUGGACUAUCCGACGAGCAGUGACCAGGUGGCAAGGGAAGGAGCAAACGUUUCACUUCGGUGUGCCGCCCACGGGGUUCCCACCCCCACAGUCGUGUGGAGGAAGGAGGCAGGAGACUUACUACCCACCGCCAACUUCAGCGACGCGCAAAACACAUCUGUGAGUGGCGCCGUAUUGCACCUGGUGAAGGUAUCAAGACUGCAUAUGGGAGCAUAUCUUUGCAUCGCAAGCAAUGGAGUCCCGCCCUCCGUGAGCAAGCGAGUCAUGCUUGUCGUGCACUUUCCGCCAAUAAUGACAAUACAAAACCAAUUAGUAGGGGCUAAGGAAAGCGAUACUGUAUAUUUAGACUGCCAUUCCGAAGCAUUCCCGAGGUCUAUAAACUAUUGGACGAUUAACGAUCAAAUAAUAUCACAGACUGACAAAAGGUUCGAAAUUACGGCCGUAGAGAGGGGCUAUGAAGUGGACAUGAAAUUAAAAAUUAAGAAAGUUGGCAGAAACACUUUCGGAACGUACAGCUGUAUUUCAAAAAACUCGCUUGGAGACACCGAUGGAACGAUUAAAUUAUAUUCCCUCUCGGGAAAGUUUGAAGAGAUGCAGUACAAUGAUGUAGAUUUUGAGGAGACUCCAGAUGUUAGCGAAUUAGAAGCAUUGAAACGAAGUGACGGAGUUAGAAAUAAUGUUCAUGUGCUAUUAAUAUUAGCUCUUCUAGUCAUAUCAUAA